AUGGUGGAAGAGGAGUCCAUGUCUCUUGAGCUUAUUGCAGCCCACGACUCCGUGAAGCUGAUCAAGUUCGCGGACGACACCACCCUCAUUGGACUCAUCUCCAACAACGGUGAGUCCGCCUACAGGAGGGAGGUGGACCGGCUGGUGUCCUGGUGCAGUGGUAACAACCUGGAGCUGAACGCCCAGAAGACAGUGGAGAUGAUUGUGGACUUCAGGAAGAGCACUGUCCCCCCGCCCCCACCCUCCGUGAUGGACUCCAUCACCUCUGUGGAGUCCUUCCGUUUCCUGGGCACCACCAUCACCCAGGACCUCAAGUGGGAGCCGACCAUCAGCUCCCUCAUCAAGAAGGCCCAGCAGAGGAUGUACUUCCUGCGGCAGCUCAGGAAAGCCAAGCUGCCUGCACAGAUGUUGGUGCAGUUCUACACGGCCAUCAUCGAGUCCAUCCUCACCUCCUCCAUCACCGUGUGGUUCGCUGGAGCCACAGUCAGGGACAAACAGAGACUACAGCGCAUCGUGCGCUCUGCAGAGGAAGUGAUCGGCCGCAGCCUUCCAUCGCUGCAGGACCUUCAGUUUUUGGUCAACACAAAUCAAAGGGACAGGGGAAACAGUGAGCGCGGGGAGGAGAUGAAGGCGUGCACCCGUUCUUCCUCAUCGGAGACGUCCCAUUGGCUCGCACAGUUGUCCUCACCCUGGGGUCCCAAACGCCCUUUUGUUGUCAUGUCCGCAUUGAUCCGUUUCACCGCAUGGUGUUGGUGGACGCAUCAAACGCACCCUCCCGACCGCUGCUUUCAAAGGCCGACGAUGAAGGCGUGA